AUGAAGAUUGCCGCUAUCCCGUACCAACUGGACUCGGAUAUUGUGUACAAGGACGUUGGAGAGCACAGCUCACGGCCACGGCUGCCCGCACACUCGGAAGUGGAGCCAGGAUUUGAGAAGCCCGAUGACAUCCCGUUGAACAAGAGAAACUUUGCAUAUACGCCGUGCGGACCCAACCCAUUGUUCACGGAGCUGCGGUACUGUACGAGCGAGUACCCGUUUGAAAAAGUGGGCAUCAAUUACAUGGACCGGUCGGAUGGACUAGCGUUGCAAACAGGCGGCAGCGACGUGGUUGGAGUGCCCGCGGCGUACGGCUGGCGCAGCGGGCGUUGCAAUGCGUGUAUCAAGGAGGGCACCGUGUACUGGGAAGUGGAAGUGCUCCGCGGGGGGGCCCCAGACGGCGCAGAUGGAAUUGACAAGGACGAGCUGAACACGACGCCACACGUGCGGGUCGGCGUGUCGCGGCGCGAGGCGUCGUUGGAAGCGCCGGUCGGGUGCGACGAAUACGGUUACGGCGUGCGGGACCACACGCUGGAGUCGAUCCACGAGGGCCGCGUGUCGCAGACGUUGCCCGCGCAGCGUGUGCGGUCGGGCGAUCGGCUAGGACUGCUGUUGCAGCUGCCGUCUGCCGAGGCGCAACGGGCGCAGGCGGCCGAGUACACAGAGUUCAAGAUGGAUGCGCUGUUGCAGGACGGAGUGGGCGGCGGCGACGACGACACGGGCGCGGGCGCGGGCGAGGGCCCGCUGCGCAAGCGGACGCGACGUCUGAACAGAGAGUUCCAGCGCGCGUUGCUGCGAGAACAGGACGCAGCGGACGUGGUGCGCGACCACAUAGCGAUCCGGUACCGCAACCAGCUGUUCUUCGAGGCCACGGACUACGUCAAGACGACGCGGCCGGAGUACCACACGGCGGACCGUCGCGAGCGACACGAUUUCUACACGCUGGCCGGGUCGUACCUACGGGUUUACGUGAACGGGGAGGCUGCGGGGGAUGCGUUCACGGAGCUACGUCCCUUCCUGCCGCCGUUCAGCGAGCUGAAGUAUAACGACAAGUUUUACUUCAACUACUGGCGUCAUGGCGCGGGCGGCGGCGGUGCGCCGGUUGCGGCCUCGAGCAGCGCCGUACCGGACGACACGGCGCGGCUGGUGUCGUCGCCGACGGCGCCGUCCGGAGCGACCCACACCGCGUCACCUGCGACGGGCGCGCCGGGCGUGCUGUUGCGCAACAAGUACGUGAACAACGGCCGGCUGGGCUACUACCCGACGUUGAGCUGUUUCAACGGCGGGGCGGCGCGGCUUAUUGCGAGCCCGGGCGACAUGCGGUACUGGGGGCGCGUGCGGGCGGAGCACGCGGGGGCGCGGCCGCUGUGCGAGGUGUUUGACGAGCAGGUGGCGGACGACGUGGUGUGGGACGUGGUGGACGAGGUGGACGCGGAGGAUGAGCGUUGA